AUGAAGCUCGCGGAAAGUGAAGCCUCCUCAUUCUUAGAAGCUAUGAACCUUGCCCAAAAAUUCAUUCAAGCCUCCAAUAUCUGCAAGACACAUGAGGAACCCAGUUCCGACAAAAGAAAGCACGAGUACAUUCCUCGAGCGGAAAAUCCAAGGGAUGUCCCUCGAAAAGAAAAAGACAAAAAGCCCCGAAUAGAAGACAACGGACACGACCCUCGGUAUAAUUUGAACCGAGAGGACAUCUACCUAGAUAUCAAAGGGAAGUACACCCUACUGAAGCCUAAUCCCAUUCGAAUGCCCGUCAACAAGAGGGACAAAAGGCUCUGUUGUGAGUACCAUCACGACUGUGGUCACAUGACACGUGACUGCCGAGAACUGAAGAGAGCGCUAGACAAACUAGCCGAUGAAGGAAAAUUGAAUCGAUAUCUGAAGGAUCCGAAGGAAAAGAAAGUCGAGCCCCGCCAAGAAAAGCAAACCUGGAAUGAUGAGACAGCGGGGUAUGUUAAUGUCAUCGCGGGAGGGUUCACCUCGGGCGACUUAACCAGCCUCUCUCGGAAGAAGCAUAUUUACACCCUGAAACACGGGACCGAUGUAGCUUCCUCAGCAGUAUGCCCGACUAUGACCUUCAAGGACAGCCACCAUCCCAUUCAGACUCCGCAUGAUGACCCUUUGGUCGUUGAGAUGAAAAUAGCUAAUUUGCGGGUGGGUCGAGUCCUGAUAGACAAUGGAAGUUCUGCGGACAUCAUUUCUAUGAAGUGCUUGAGAAAGCUGAAAUACCAAGAAACAGACCUAUCCCCCAUCGACCAGCCAUUGGUGGGAUUUGGCGGACAAUCCUUCCAUCCCCUUGGCUCGGUCAAGCUCCCCACUCGAAUGGGGGAAAAGGGAGCGGGUCGAAAUGUGGUCGUCGACUAUCUUGUGGUGGACACCAAUCUCCCCUAUAAUGUGAUCAUAGGACCACCCACGCUCAACAAAGUUAAAGCCGCCAUCUCGACAUACCAGCUGGUCUUGCAGUUUGAGGGUGAAGAAGGGAAGGUCGCCCGAUUAUUCGGGGACCAAAAGUCUGCCCGAGAAUGUUACGUCAACAGUUUAAAGAACAGAGAUGAAUAA